AUGUGCUUCAGCAGUCGCAAAAGCGACACCGGCGAGGCUCGCUCCCGCGAACUCGACCGCAUGCUCCGCCAGGACGAGCGCCGUAUGGCUAAGGAGGUCAAGCUCCUUCUUCUCGGUGCCGGAGAAUCGGGCAAAUCGACCAUCCUGAAACAGAUGAAGCUCAUCUACUCCCAAGGCUUCAGCAAAAGCGAACGACUCGAUUGGAAACCCGUCGUCUUCAGCAAUAUUAUACAGUCCUUCCGCACCAUCAACGAAGCCAUGUCCGAGCUUCACUAUGAAUUCGACAGUCCCGACAACGAGAAAUACAUGGCCCGCAUCCUCAUCGAUCACGAAAUAAGCCCUGAAGAAACGCCACCCCAGGAAUAUCUUGAACCUAUCAAGAGCUUGUGGCAAGACAGCGGCGUGAAAAGGGCCAUUGCCAAAGGCAACGAAUACGCGCUCCACGACAACCUAGCAUACUUUGUCGAAGACAUUGACCGUCUCUGGGCCGACGGCUACGUUCCCAACGACCAGGAUCUCCUGCGCUCGCGACUACGGACCACGGGAAUCACAGAAACCAUCUUUGACCUCGGUCAACUAACAUACCGCAUGUUUGAUGUCGGUGGCCAAAGAUCCGAACGCAAGAAGUGGAUUCACUGCUUUGAAAAUGUCAAUUGCCUGCUGUUCCUUGUCGCAAUUAGCGGGUACGACCAGUGUCUAGUAGAAGAUAAGGACGGAAACCAAAUGAACGAGGCGCUGAUGCUCUGGGAAUCGAUAGCCAACUCACACUGGUUCACGCGGUCGUCGAUGAUUCUCUUCCUCAACAAGAUGGACCUCUUCCGCGAGAAGCUGCCGCGCAGCCCCAUUAGCAAAUACGGCUUCACCGACUACCACGGCCCGGCGGACGACUACAAGGCCGCCAGCAAGUAUUUUCUCGACAAGUUCAAGGCCCUGAGCCGCAAUCCGGAAAAAGAAAUUUACGGCCACUUCACCAACGCCACCGACACCAACCUGCUCAAGAUUACCAUGGGCUCCGUGCAGGACAUGAUAAUACAGCGCAACUUGAAGCAGUUAAUACUAUAA